CAUACAUAUAGGCAUGUUUGCCGGUGCUGCACAAUCCUAGUAUCUGUAUUUAGUUAUUUGAACUAAACAUAUUUUGAAUAAAGAAGAUUUUGUUGGGGCUGUCAUUUUCCGUCGCCGUGGUGGAUAUGAGACAGCUACCCUAAUUACAAAGGGGAUAAGCUGCCGGUUCCUGCCCUGGCUCGUACCUAGGGUCAGCAUGGAUGAAGAAUCCCUUGAGGCAGCCAUCGCUGCCUAUAGUGCCCAGUUGCAGCAGGUGGAGACAGCCCUGUCUGCCGGCCUGGACCCCACCCAGCACUCAGACCUGCUCAAACUGAAAGAAGAUCUCCGUCAGCUGAUAGAGCUCACUGAGGCCAGCCUGGUGUCUGUCAGAAAAAGUCAGCUGCUUGCAAGCCUCGAGGAAAGUAGCGGACUGCAAGUGAAUGCAUCAGAAGCAGCUACUGAUGCAAACGGUGGACUUGAUGCUGAGUUUGCUGCUUUCUACUCUGAACUUGGGGAGUCUUCGGGUAAUAGCUCAGAUUCCAAAGAGAGAACUAAGGAUGGGGGAGGGGGGGAGGUGGAUUAUGAAGAGGAAGAAGAAGAGGACAAGGAAGAAGAAGAUGCACUAAGUGGUACCAAAGUAAGAGCGCCCUAUCGGACAACAUGGGGAACAUUGGAGUAUCACAAUGCCAUGGUAGUGGGGGCAGAACCGCCAGAUGGAGAUGAGGCACAAGUGCGAGUGCUCUACAUCUACCCCACCCAGAAGUCUAUGAAACCCUGCCCGUUCUACUUGGAGGAUAAAUGUCGCUUUCAGGAUAACUGCAGGUUUUCUCACGGUGAGGUGGUCUAUGUGUCGGAGCUCAGAGAGUUCCUAGACUCUGAUCUAAGUAAUCUGGAAGAAGGUUCAUCUUGCUUGGCUCGUCAUGAGGACGGUAUCUGGCACCCAGGCAAAAUAAAAGAAAUUGACAGCGGUUUCUACACUGUGAAGUUCGACUCGCUGCUGCUGAAAGAUGCCGUGGUCGAGGCCGACGGCGUUAUCCCACCUUUAAGGGAAGAUGACCCGCUGUCAUCAGAGUCCGACUUGGAUGACAUCGGUGAUGGAGAUGAUGCUAUGGGAUAUGCAAAAGUUAUAGACUUUGCUGUGGAACCCACUGAAACAUCAAGCAGUGCUAAUUUUGGUGGCUGGGAGGCGCAUACCAGAGGCAUUGGAUCCAAGCUCAUGCUCAAAAUGGGCUACGAAUAUGGAAAAGGCUUGGGAAAGCUCCAGGAGGGCAGAGUGGAGCCAGUAAUGGCGGUGGUACUACCCAAAGGAAAGUCUCUGGAUCAGUGUUCUGAGUUCACCCAGAGACGCACCCAGAGCAAGGCUGCAAAGGACGGCGCACAAACCGGCCGCCCAAAGCGGCGCAGAAAGCCUCGGGUCGCUACCAGAGGGGGCCAGACCGUUUUUGACUUUCUCAACCACAAGCUUGGAGGCAAGACCGCUCAUCCUCCCGAGGGGGGUGCUGUUGCGCCAUCAGCGGCAACCGGGGUGGAGGCUUACCGGGGAGGAAAAAGCACCAAGAGGAGUCUGAACGUGAGGCUGUUCCAGGCUGCCGAGAGGGUGUCCCAGACCGAGAGGGAGAUCCAGAAGCUGAGCGAGUCACUCAGCAGACAGGAAGGCAGGGACCCAUCCAUAGUGAAGCAGUUGGAGGAGAAACUGUCAGCGGCCCGCCGGCUGUUGGUCCAGCAGAAAGCCCAGGAGCUGUCCAUCCAGAGAGAGCACAAGAAGGCCGACACACACAAGAAGAUGACUGAGUUCUGAGCUCAGCUGUCUCUCAAAGACAUGGAGGAUAAAGGAAAGCACCGCGAGCCUGAAAUGAACUUUUGCUCCCGCCCUUAUGUCAGGGUUUUUUUUUUUUUUUGCUACACUGUAUUUGAAGACUUGUUUUUUUCCAGUCGUUUCUCACUGCCGUCUCUUGAUGCAGAGUGAAUCCGCUGCUCUUCAUUUAUUUUUAAGCGCUGGCGCAUUAUCCGCUCAGCAUUGAUGUUUUUUUGAUUUCCAGCUGCACAGGUCUCAAUAAUGUUCAAAAAUAUUUUUCAUUUUUAAUGAACUUUUGUUUUCCUAGCUGUAUUUUUCUUCACCCAAACUGAAAAAAGAAAAAUAUAUAGCUUGUUUGGAGAACCUAUUGUGUGCCUUCCUUUGUUCUUAACCGCGCACACCUGAGCUCCACUUUAAACUGAAUGGACUGUGCUUCCAUUGUUAGGCUUCUUUGGCAGAGGUUUCGAUCGCUCUGGCCGAGCACCGCUCCAGUGGUUGGUGCCGUAUACUUGAACUUUCAUACUUUUAAAAUUACAUCCUCAGGAGUUGGAAGACCUUUGCAGAGUUUUGAAGUUACGCCCACGCCUCUUACGGCUCGUACACACCAUCUUUGAAGUUGCAACCGUAACCUUUCUGUUAAAUAAUGAAUUUGGAGAGCAGCCUGCCUGCUCAUAAAGUCUGACACACAUUGUCUGUGGGGUUGGGUGGUGGCUACGUGAAGUAAAAGGUUGCAGUCGUGGUGCUGGGCAACCGUAGAUCAGGCCUUCGUCCUUUUAUAAGCGACUUCAAAACUGAUGUGGCGAGGCAUAAUAACGCUAUUACUUCAAUUUAUAAACACCUGCAUUUAACAUCUCAAAUGAGUCCAGUGAGGUUUAGUGUGAGUCGGAGACCAUGACAGACAACUAGAGGAACUGGUGAGCAAUCAUAUCGUCCCUGAAGGAAGACAGAUUGUACAAUCAUGCUAAAGCAGUAACAGCUGCAGUGAGAUACAGUGUAAGCCUGUGCACGGGGGUCUACUGGAGAAGGCGGGAAAGCCACAGAGGCAGAACUCCUAAACCUUCUUCUCUCCGUACCCUGAGGGAAGCCCCCGCUUGCACCUCGGUCUGCUGAGUGACAGCACUUUGACUGCUGAAUACUGCAGGGGUGACGCUGAAUUCGCUGAUCAUGGGCUAAAUGCACUAUGUGUGUUGAUUUAAUAGGAUCCCUUGAGGGUCUGUGCUUCACGCUUUACCCCAUUUAUGAGGGUCCAGUCAGUGCCCAGCUAGAGGCAGAUUCACUGCGUGUCCUACUGUGGUCGUGCUGUCUGCAUGGUUGGGUGUAUGAGUGCACCACACACUCCCACAGACACUCGUGCCAUAAGAAUUUGCUGGGGCAGUUUUUAACUGCGCUUCUCGGUGCCUCACAAUUAUGUGAGGUGAAAUUACUUCUAUUACUGUAUGUUACUUGUGUUCAUAUUAUAUAGGUAACACAUUACUCUGUUAAUUUUUACUUGCUUUUAACUUUUUAAAAGAGUGUUACUCUGAACAUGUAGAUCAGCUGAGCUUUCUAAUGUUUUUGUUUAAUACUCCUGAGAAAAGUGUGUGUUUUUAUGCCCUAUUCAUUAGGUUUCACAAUCACUGUCACAAAUAUUGUAAAUAUUUUCUUAUGUACAGUCAUAUACAGGGUAGGAAAUAAAGACAUGGUGCAGGUGGAUGUCAUUCUAGCACAGACAGGUUUAUUGGCACACAUCUUACAGAUAAAAAAAAAACAGCCUAACGUUAUAAAGGCAUAAGGUUAUUAUCAGAUAUCUGGUUCAGUCUCUUACAGUGAACCUCACGCAUGAAUACAAAUGUCUCACUUUCUUUGUGAUGAAUAUUGCUGAAAACUGUGAACUGAUUCAGUUAUCUAGCAAACUAUUUCGUGUCUGAACUCACAGAAUAGAUUAUUAAAGUCAUGCUAACUGUCUCAGUAUUCCAGUUUUUACACUUAGUGGUGUUCCUGAGCUAAUAGGCUUUGAAAAGGUGCAAGUAAAAUCCUGCCAAGGGCUAGAGACCCCUGCACCUGCUCUGGCUGAUCUUAAAGCCCCAGAGCUGGCCUCCAACCUGUAAUCUCACCUCCAGCUGAACCUCCAGCUUGAGGCUGAUUUAUUUCAUUAACACGGAGGAAAUGAAAUAGGACUUCCAGUAUUAAGUAAACAGUCAAAACUGCUUUGAUAUAAAAGCCAAAGUCUGACCGCAGUGUUUAUGGUAAUCUGUCUGACUUUAUCUUUGUAAGUUUUACGUCUAAACAUGACCAUGAAACCUGCAUUGUAUUCAUUCAGGUUACUUUAAAGGUAGAGCUCUUCCUGCUCGGGUUUACAGUCAUUAUAGAAAUGCUUUAAUGGCUGAGUUUGCCAGUGAUGUUCUGACUGCUUCCCUAACAGGCGCAGGCUGUUCUUUGGCCAGUUGGCAUUGAAUCUUGGAUGCAGAUGCUAUUCCCUUGUGAAGAUUUUGGCUCAAUAUACUAGUUUUUGAAUCGUGAGUUUUACUUGAGAUGAAAGUGACUUUGUGAAAAUCUCUCUAGGAUGCUUUUAAUGCUCCCAGAGAAGCACGAGUGACUCCCAAAGCACUUAAUGCAUACUGUUUAAAUACAAAAUAUUCUCAUCUGACACAAAUACACUGUAAUCAUGAAAACAUGACUCUUCACAUAUGCAGCACUCUGUUCUAUACAUUGAAGGCCUUGCUAUCUACCUUGUAUGCACACUUAUUACCAAUUAACAGUUAACAAGUUUUCUUUUUACAAUUUUGCAUGAUGCAUGAAAUUGACAUGUUUUUCCAUCAGUUUACACUUAAUAACACAUCAAUGACUCACUCGAAGGUAUUUUGAAUAUUGUCUCAGAACUGAGUCUUCUUGCUAAAUCAAUUUUAGCUUUGGAUGGGAUGUGGGGACUCUGUCCCAUUCUCCUGAAACAUCCAUUUAAACUCUGUCAGUCUGGAUGGGAGCCAUCCUUGAGCUGCCAUCUGCAGGUGGCAUACUGACG